AUGGAAUUGAAAUACCUGAAUAAAUUUGUAGAAGAUUUCAACCUCAUCAAGAAUGAUAAAUUAAUUUAAAUACCUUGUGAUUCUUGGCAUAGGGUUUGCAAAGCAAAAACUGGAAGAUAUAAAUCAGGAAGCAAUUAAAUUAUUAGCGAAUUCAUUCAAACAAAAGUCUAUUCAUUAAGAAUUGAAAACUUUGAGGAAUAAGGUUCUCUCUCUAGAGAAACAUAUUCAACCAGAAUAACAGAUUAAAUAUCAUAGUCAACCAAAAUUAAUACCUCCCAAAGUUACACCAAAAAUCACUGAAUAAAUUCCACUUUAAUAGAAUGUUAAAAAGGCAGUACCUUUUAAACAUCACUUAGAUGAUUCAGAAAUCAAAUCAAUAUUAUGGAAUCAAUAUAAUGAAAGUCAUCACCAUUAGAAUACCAAUAAUGAUUCUUAACAUCAACCUCAAAGAAAGCUAACAAUCGAUUAGCAACCUAUAAUCCCUAAGUAUUUACCAAGAAACAACUCACAAACAGAAAUUCAUCCUUUAUCAUAGCGUGAAAACAGUGCCAGACAGGUUACUUAACGAUCAUCUCAUCAUUCAAGUCAAUUUGACAGUUUGCAUAAUCGAAAUUCUCCAAAAUUUAAAGGGGAAAAGAAAAAGAGCACACAAAAAGAGAAUAAAACUUGCGGAGGCGUUGGAGUGCCUAAACAUCUGAGACAAGUGCAAUCAAAAAUAAAAUCAUAGAUUCAGUAUGACAAGGAACAAUACAAAUCGACUAACAGUUAGAAGGAAGAAGAAUAAAUUAUUAAUAUAGCCAAUAGUUCCCUAAAUCCAUUCAAUAAUACUCCAUAGAACAAAUUGUUUUAGCCUUGCCAAUCUACUCAUUUUGGUAGUUGUUAAGUGUCAAGUGCUAAACUAUAAUAGUAGUAGAUAUAGAUCUAGGAUUUGAAUAAUAUCACUGAAAGGAAAGCGUUUAAUCUUGAUUAAAUAGCUUCUUCAUUUUUGAAUUCUCCAUUCAUGAAGAGUCAAAUCUCAUAAAGACUAUUUGGGAAAUAGGAAUCAGCCUCAUAAUCAUCAUCAUCUAGUACGUUCUCACUAUUUAAUCCAAAUAAUGAACUAAAAAACUUCUUUUAGUAAUUAGACAAACAAGUAGGAAACUCUUUAUCCUUUUAGUUUUGA